GGUGUGUCCAUUCAUGAGCUGAACUCAUUUUCAUUUACAAAAAAAGAAAAAAAGAAAAACACAGCGCACAGCAUUCUGGAAUUGAGAAGGGAAUGGCGAAGUUAUGUUCGUUAGGUUUGAUGUUGAUCUGCGCAGCAUUGGCGGCGGCGAGUGGGUCGGCGGCGGCGGUGGGCGGCGGGGAGCACCGGUUGGGAAUGGGAUGGGUUUCGACGUGCAAGGGGUCGAUCGCGGAGUGCUUGGGAGGGGAGGAGUUUGAGUUGGACUCGGAGAUCAACCGGCGCAUCUUAGCAACCAACAAGUACAUCAGCUACAAUGCGCUGCAGAGGAACACUGUACCCUGCUCUCGCCGCGGCGCAUCGUACUACAAUUGCCGACCCGGGGCACAGGCCAACCCUUACAGCCGCGGCUGCAGUGCCAUUACCAGGUGCAGGAGCUAAAUUUUUCUUUUUUCUUUUUUUAUUUUUAUUUUUUUUAUCCUAUGUGUUUUGUCGUUGUUAUUAUUAUUAUUAUUAUUAAUAUAUAAAUUUGUUAUUCAUCAACAUUUGUGGUAAUCCAUCUUGGGGUUGCUGUUGUGAGCAUACACUGCUUCUUAAUAGUGUUGUUGUUUAUUUGGACUUCUAUGGUUCUGUAAAAACAAGGGGAGAAAAAAAAAAACUAUCACUGUUUUUUGCUACCCUUUUUACUUUGGUUUUGGUUUUGGUUUUACUCUGUGCUAGUCAGACUCUGAAUCUGAGUGAGUGGGUGAGGAAAAGAAAAGAAAAGAAAAGACAGAGGCUGUGUCCGUGUAUUGGCGAUGCUAUCAGCGACUCAUUAAUGCUCACCUUUUCAAUUUUUCAAA